AUGAAUCCAGAAGUGUACAGCACUCUUUGUCUAAGGCAAAAUUUGCAAUCAGGUCUGCCCCUAUCAAUUCGCCCUUUCAACACGAAGCUGAUUACAGAUCCGAAUAUGUUAAACAAUAUUACAGAGACAAUAAUCCAGGCGUUACGGAUCCUAGCAGCUGAAAUCUACCUUGGAAUUUCUUUCAUACAUCGGUUUGGAAUAGUCCAUCAGGACGUAAAGCCUGAGAACCUUAUGGUCUCCAGGGAUGGCCAUAUAGUUCUCAGCAACUUUGCAACUGCGAGGAUGCUCCCUGUUGUUGAAUUACGGGAUUUGUCUUCACCUACCAAAAUGAAAAGAACCUUCGGUAAAAUCAAAAUGUUGGACACAGUCAUUAACUUGACACCUAUCUACGCCGCUCCAGAGCUUAUGAAAACAAGACUUGACGCAUCGUUAGAAUACGAUGAACGUGUUGAUUGGUGGAGCCUGGGCGUCACCCUUUACGCGAUUGCCACAGGUCAAUUAUUCUUUGAAAAAGAGGAUAACUUGCCAGCAUGUAUCGAAGAACUUCUCGGAGAACAGUCUGAUCACAGGAAACAAAAUGGCAAUGGGUUCUGGGAUUUUCUGGGUCUACUCCUCGUUCGCGACCCAGAACUCCGAAUGUGCGGAAAACAGGUCAAAUUACAUCCCUUCUUUGAUCCCUUAAUUGGAAUAUGGGGAAAUAUCGAAUCUUUGCGACAUACACCUCCAUGUCCUCACCCACCUAAGUUAGCCCAUUUCUAUUCAGCCGGACAGACACCCUCCUCCAAUGAUUUCGAAUUACCAAACUCAUAUGAAUUCGGGAACGUCACCAUAUACCAAGAAAUUCCAAACGCCGAGACGUGGUCUGACGCCUCUGAAACACACAAAAACAUGACGUCUCCCCACAUUUCUUCAGCAUGGGGUUUGCACAGACCAUUCGAGAAUGUCCUCAACAAUUCAUCUGAACCCGACCACUUGAAUUGUGGCAAUGACUUUGGUGCCAUUGAACAAAGAAAUUUGCUGGAUUCUUUUCUUGUACCCAAUGCAAUAAAUCAAUCUAUUGGCGAAGGACACAGCAUAUGUAGCGCCAAACCCUGGCUGUACACAGCAUCUCCUGCGCGCAUAUGCAACGAUGGUACCAAAAGAUAUCCACAGACUGAUUUUGGCGAUAUGGAAUUCGAAACAGGAUCUGGGAAAGUUGAAGGGGAUUUCAAUGACUCAGGUCUGCACCUUCCAUUGGAAACCUUCCCGAAGACAUUGGGGCCCAGUAAAGAGACUGACUUGCAAUUGUAUACACGGCUGGAUCACUAUUCACAUUCAAAGGGAAACAUGAAGCCACAAAUUAACAAUCCCACACAACAUAAACAUUGCACCAGCGAGCUAGGAGCCACGUGGUCAUUUGAGGAACAACUUGCCAUAUCCCUAUUAAGCGCCGGUACUACAUCCCCGAACAAUAAUGGCAAUGCCUCGGCGGUGUUGCAGAAAAGGGGUACUACGAUGCAGCUUUUCAUUGGAAUCUCCCGUAAAAUUGUUAAAGCAGUUCGCAAAAAAAUUUCACAAAUUUUCCAACAGUGA